AUGGAUUUGGUAACUACACUGAAAAAAAAUAUCCAACGGUUCGUCGACGAUAGGCAGCCUUUAAGCGCAUUGCCUCUAGCUGAAAUUUUAUGCGAAAUAAGUCAAAACGAUAAGGAAAGCCAUCUUCUAAGGACGAAAGCUCUUUUUGAAGCACGUGAAUUUGAAAAUGUUGUGCAUGCUGUGAACUUCGCACUGCGUGAUGACGAUAGAAACAUGGAGCUCGUAGCCCUAGGAAUGAAGGCUGCAUUUGAACUCGGUGAAUUAAAGCAGUGUGUGAAGUUUGCAAAUGCACUGAUUCAAUCAGAUAAAGAAGGUGUAUGCGCUGUAUGCUACAUUGCAAAGUGCUCGGAACUUUGUGGGGACACAGCGGAAGCUGUACACUUUUACAAAAUAGCACUUGAGAAAGAUCCAUUUUGUGUAGAGGCCUUGACGGCUAUGAUCAAAAGGAAGCUACAGACACCCGAAGAAAUUUCCGAUUUUAUUGAUACGCUUCACCUUCCUCCUGAAGCAGAAAUCAUUAAAAAAUGCUAUAAGGCAAAGUUAAACUUUGCUGAUUUGGAUACUGAUUGGUCUCAAGAUGUUCCUGUUCAGCUAGUCCUUUUGCAAAAGGUUCGCCGAGAAUACGGAAAAAAUAAUCUGCAUAAAGCUUUGUUAUUAGUCACCAAUUUUUUAGAGCGCGAUCCCUAUGAUCGCGAUGCUGUUUGCCUUUACUUGUCCAUUCUUGUGGAUAUGAAUGCAACACCAAAACUAUUUGAGGAAGCACAUUUUCUUACGAAGAGCAAAUCAAGAUCUGAAUUAGCAGUUUAUGCGAUCGGAUGCUACUAUUAUUCACUCUCUAACUACGAAAGAGCUGGUCGUUAUUUUUGUCGUGCCACGGAGCUUGAUUGCUAUUUCGCUGAGGCUUGGGUGGCAUAUGGGCACUGCUAUUCAAAAUUAGAGGAAGGUGAGCAGGCUCUGGGUGUGUAUAGAAGGGCGAUGAAUUUUUUCCCAGGCUUAACAGAAUGUUUGACUUUUGCUGGAAUGCAGUACAGUCGAAUUCACCAGUGGCCGAUUGCUGUGUGUUUUUUCGAAGAGUCUCUAAAGAAAUCUCCGAAUAAUCCGCUAGUGCUUAAUGAAAUGGGGGUUGUAUUCGUACGUAAUGGUAAUCUUCAAGAGGCAUUGAAAUAUUUUUACCAAGCUUACAACAAUCUUCCAAAUCGAGAAAAUCCAUCUGAAAGACAGGAUUGCAUUCUUUUUAAUUUGGCUACCAUUCUUCGAAAGCUUGGGGAUUAUAAAGAGGCGAUAAAAUAUUAUAGUCAUUACGUAAAGUGUCGGCCAAGUGCCGGACACGCACAUUGCGCACUUGGAUUUACGUAUCACCUAUUAGGCAACCUCAAGGUUGCCAUUGAACACUAUCACACGGCCCUCAGCAUUAAACUAGAUUCAUUUUGUAGAGGCUUAUUAGACAGAGCACUAUCCACAGACUUUGGACGCAACAUUAACGAAUUGAUGUGGAACAAGGAGGGAACUAACUUUGCAUCUCAUGGAAAAGUUUCCUUUUCCACCAUCUCCAAAACGUUCCGUUCUGCAUCCUCCGCUGAAAGUGCGAUUGACACUCCAAAAACAAGUGUCGGAAGAAGUCUAUCGUUUUGA